UUAGAACUGUGUUGGACUGGAGAACCUGUUGGAGGACAUAAUCCUGAUUUCCCUGGGAUGGCUCCACACUGGCUGGUAACCCUGGGCUGCCUCUUUGCUGCCUGUCUCAACUUUCCUGCAGCUGGAACUCAACGAAGAGAAGCCUGUGAUUGCAGUGGGAAAUCCAGACAGUGCAUGUUUGACAUUGAGUUGCUUCGACAAACAGGAAAUGGAUACCGGUGCCUCAACUGCAUGGACAACUCAGAGGGAAUUCACUGUGAACGGUGCAAGGAGGGCUUCUACCACCAGCACCGUGGAGAACACUGUAGGCCUUGUGCCUGCAAUCCUGUAGGUUCUGUUAGUGCUCAGUGUGAUAACCAUGGACGGUGCCAAUGCAAACGUGGUGUGACGGGUGACAAAUGUGACCGAUGCCAACAUGGGUUCCACUCUUCAGCAAAUGGCUGCACAGCCAAUGGGCAAAUGUCGAUAUCCCAAUGUGACUGUGAUCCAGCCGGCAGCACAGAUCAGUGUAUUUCAGGUCGCUGCGUCUGCAAGGAGGCUGUUACAGGAGACCGCUGCAACCAAUGCAAGCAGGGCUAUUAUAACCUGGAUUCAAGAAAUCCAGAAGGCUGUUCUCAGUGUUUCUGUUACGGACACUCAGCUACAUGUUCCAGUGCAGAAAAUUACAGCAUCCAUAAAAUCACCUCUUCCUUUCAGCAAGGUGAUGAGGACUGGAAAGCUGAGGCAAAUGGCUCUCCUUUGCCGCUCCAGUGGUCUCCACGCCAUAAAGAAGUGUAUGUGGCAGCAAGAAGGCCAGAUCCCAUCUACUUUAGUGCUCCAGCCAGGUUCCUUGGGGACCAGCAAUUGAGUUAUGGACAGACACUAUCUUUUGACUAUCGCGUGAAUCGACCUGGACGUCGUCCAUCACAGUAUGAUGUCAUCUUGGAAGGAGCCGGCUUAAGAAUUGCUGCCCCCCUCAUGCCUCAUGGAAGGAUGCUGCCUUGUGCCAAGAAGACUUACACAUUCAGGUUGGAUGAGCACCCAAGCAACAACUGGAGCCCUAGGCUGACUGACAUAGAGUUCCGCCGGUUAAUUGGAAACUUGACGGCUGUUUGGAUCAGAGCCACUUAUGGAGAUGGCACAGGAUACCUCUCUAAUGUUAUCCUGGUUUCGGCACGGCCAACCCCUGGCACUAGGGCACCCUGGGUGGAGCGAUGCACAUGUCCAGCAGGAUAUGACGGGCAGUUCUGUGAGAGAUGUGCUCCAGGUUACAAGAAAGAGGAUUCUGUCAGACUUGGGGCUUUCAGCAAGUGUGUGCUAUGCAACUGCCAGGGAGCAGGAAUCUGUGAUCCAGAUACUGGAGAAUGUUAUUCAGGUGAUGAAAACAGGGAGCAUAUUAGUUCUGCCUGCCCUACUGGCUUUUACAAUCCGUCACGGAACCCGCAGAGUUGCCAGCUGUGCCCGUGCCCCAGUGGCCAUGGUUGUUCAGUGUUGCCGGAAACACGGGAGGUGGUGUGCGAUACCUGCCCUCCAGGAGCCAGUGGCUCUCGUUGUGAGGUUUGUGCUGAUGGCUAUUUUGGAGAUCCCUUGGGUGAGAAUGGCCCACGACAGCACUGCCAGCGAUGCCAGUGCAGCAACAGUGAUCCAAAUGCUUCUGGGAUUUGCAAUCGUGUGACGGGGGAGUGCAAAUGCAAAGAUGGCUUUUUCGGAAAUCCCUCUUCUCCUAAUCCAGCAGAGAAAUGCCGAGCUUGCAAUUGCAAUUCAGUGGGUGCUGAGCCCCUGCGGUGUCGUAGUGAUGGAAGCUGCAUUUGUAAGGCAGGAUUUGAAGGGCCCAGCUGUGAACACACUCGCUGCCCAGCCUGCUAUGGACAAGUGAAGACACAGGUAGAUCAAUACCUCCAGCAGCUGCAAAGGCUUGAGGUUCUCAUCUCCCAGGCACAGACAGGGGAAGUGCAUGGAGAUAAUGCAGAGCUGGAAAGGAAGAUGAGAGAGGCUGAACAGAUGCUCCAGGAAGUCCUGAGAGAAGCCCAGACUUUGCAAGCUACCGACAGAUCCUUGGGGGGGCGCCUCUCCAAGAUUAAAGGUCAAGCGUUCACCUACCAGAGCCAGAUGGAUGAGAUAAAUGACACGGCCAACCAGCUACAGUCUUUGGGUAAUCAGUACCAGAAGCAGGUGCAAGACACCAGGAGGCUCAUCCAGGGAGCUCGCUUGGAUUUGGAGCAGAGCAAGACCAAAUUAGGAGAAGUGGUUAUUCCAUCUUCAGAUCUCUCUGGCGGGUCAAACAGGUUUUUAAUCCUUGCCCAAGAAGCCAUGAAGUUAGCAGACAGCCACAUGCAGCUGGCGAAUACUAUUGAGCAAGCAGCCAGGGCAGCGGAAGAUGCCUCGAGCCAAGCGUUGGCUCUGAUGGAGUCCAUUACAAGCGGGGGAGGCGUCCUGACAAACUCUGUGCAAGGGCUCCAGAAAAAGUAUGAUGAAGUAAAGCUGCUGUCCAAUGAACUGGAGGUUGAUGCCAGCAGAGCUGCUUUGAGUGCUGACCAAGCCUAUCAAAGCAGCCAACUGCUCUUCAGUUCCCUGGCUCGUUUACCAAAAGUUGACACAAGCAUCUUUCAGGAGGAAGCCAAGCAGCUCCGACAGAAGGCAGACUCUUUAGCAGGCCUGGUGGAAAUUUACCUGGCGGAAUAUAAGCAGAUGCAAAGCAACAUGGGCAGCAAAGAAGAAGAGACCAAAGAGCUCAUGCAGAAAGGACAAGAUGACAGACUGGCAGCAGUCCAACUGUUGUCCCGUGCCAACCUUGCCAAGAGUACAGCCCAGAAGGCACUGAGUGCUGGCAAUGUCUCUUUAGAGGAAGUUGAUGGCAUCUUGAAGAACCUGAGGGAGUUUAAUCUGAAGGUAGGUGACAAGCAAAGGGAAGCAGAAGAGGCCAUGCGGAAACUUCCUCUCAUAAGCAACAUGGUCACCAGGGCCAAUGAGAAGACCAGGCGUGCAGAAGAGGCGCUGGGCACUGCUGUUACAGAAGCAGAGGAAGCCCGAAGAAUGGCUGGGGAGGCAAAGGAGAUUGCUGUCGGCAUUGAUCAGGAAAUAGGAAGGCUGGCCUUGGAAGCCAACAGGACAGCAGAUGGAGUCUUAGCCCUGGAGAAAGGAAUAAUGUCUUUGCAGAGAGAGGCGCGGGAAGCAGAAAGCGCGUUGCAAAGAAAGGAGCUGGAGGUGGACAUGGAUGCCUCCAUGGCACCGGAAGCUGUUCAGAUGUCCCAGAGAGCAAAAGCAGAUGCGGCAAGUGCUGGGGGAGCUGUCCGAGGGGUGCUGAGUGAUUUGGAAGAUGUUCUGCGCCUGAUGGACCAACCUGAGGCUGUGGACGAGCAAGGCGUGACCAUGCUUGAAGUGAAUCUUGCUAAAGCCAGAAGACGAAACAACCAGUUAAAAGAAUUGUUGUUGCAGCUGGAAGAAACAGCCAGCCGGCAGAAACUCCGGAUCCAAAUGUUAGAGAGGAGCAUUACCGAGAUUCUUGCCGAUAUCAAGAACCUGGAGGAGAUCCGUGAUAAUCUCCCCCAAAAAUGCUACAACAUACAACCCAUUGAGAGACCUUGAAGACUUUUGCAGGCAGAGGGGGCAGAUUGAUACGUAUUCUGCUCAACAGGUCCUGGACACAAAUGUUAGGGUUAGGCCAAUGGUUUGAGGUUAUAGAAGAGAUCCGGGCCUCCUAGGGACUAGCUGUAUGUGACGCAGCUGAAUGGAUCCUUUUUGAGCAGGCUUGGAUAACAGUUGCCUCAUUGUGGGUAGCAAUGUAACCAUGCCUCUAACAUCGGAAAAGCUCGCUAUUCCAGAUGUCCCAUUCCUGGAAUGCAAGGAAGACCAGGCUGCCCGAUGAGAGGCUGACCAUGACCAGCUUGGCAUGCAAGAGACUGCAUUACUCAAAGAUAUACCAGCAGACUGUGCCCUGCUCAAUGUGUGGAUGUAGCCAAAAUGUGUAACCAACAGCUGAGCCUGAACACCCCCGGCAUUCUUUCAGGUUAUCCCAGCCUUAUUUAAUGUAAUAAGAUGAAAGUCAUGCUCUUCUAAA